UCGGAGCGCAGCCGAGCUUGGGCAUCACAAACCUGCGUUCGGGGGAAAGGGGCACACACAGCACUUUUUUUUUUUGUUGCGACUUUAACUAAUGUUCCAGUUAUCCUGCUGUGACUAACCUCAAAACGAUGGCCGACGCGGACUUUCUGAAAGCCGCCGGUCUCUGAGUAGCUCGGGACCCCCGGGGGGGGAUCCUCCGUCCGGUUCCAGGGACGACCCCUCAAUCAUUCCCUGCGACUGGAGUUGUUAAGACAUGGUCAUUACACCGUAUCUGUGAUGGUUGUGUGAGCCGGAGGAAGUGUGCUGCUCAGCUGCCUCAGAGGAUGCUCCGGACCUGCUGGGCCCAGUGCUGCUGAGGGAGAAGCGCAGAUUCAGCAGGAGCCCCAGGGAGCCGGCAUGUCUCACCACCAAUACUACCAGCGAGGCCCCCAUGGCCGCACCCUGAGCUCCGAGGAGAGGAGCUCCACGCCCAUCAACAAGACCUCUACUCCAACACACAAGAGCGCCUCCUCUUCUUCCUCGUCCCAGCGUGACAGCCGGCAGGAGGCAGACAGCUGGGAAAUCAUCGAGGGGCUGAAAAUCGGUCAGAGCAACGUCCAGAGGCCAGAUAAACAUGAGGGCUUCAUGUUGAAGAGGCGAAAAUGGCCCCUGAAAGGCUGGCACAAGCGCUUUUUUGUUCUGGACAAUGGUAUCCUGAAGUACUCCAAGUCCCCCAUUGAUAUCCAGAAAGGCAAACUGCAUGGAAGCAUCGAUGUUGGUCUUUCCGUCAUGUCCGUCAAGAAGAGGGCCCGCCGCAUUGACCUGGACACCGAGGAACACAUCUAUCACCUGAAGGUCAAAUCCCCAGAUAUCUUUGAUGCCUGGGUGUCCAAGUUGCGUCACCACCGGCUGUACCGUCAGAAUGAGAUUGUGCGAUCACCCCGGGAUGGCACCAUCCGAACUUUUCCUCCCUCAGCUGCUAUGGAGUCCCCCCAGCCAGCCCCCACUGCAGGACAUGAAACCAAGCAGGCCAAGCCUAGCAGCCUGCCGUGGCAGCAGGUGGCCCCCAGCAGCAGCAGCAGCAACAGUCUGCCCGCCUCCUACAGCAAUGGCCAAAGCAAGGUGGCAGCAUGGCUGCAGGAGUCGGAGGAGAUGGACAAGUGCGCAGAAGAGCUCGCACGCUGCCAGUCCAACCUGAUUGAGCUCAGCAGAUUACUGCAGAGUCUGGAGAUCCUACAGAGGACUCAGUCUGCACCCAACUUCACUGACAUGCAGGUCCCCCUUUCUGCCAGUAUGUCUCCUGUCCGCCUCCACUCCUCCAACCCAAACCUGUGCGCUGAACUGGGGGACUUCCAGACACCUGUCUCACGGAUGACAGACAGUACAGAGUGCACCAGCGACUACAUUAAACUGCAGGAGGACUUCUGCACCAUCGCCCAGAAAGUCCACUCUCUUCUUAAGUCAGCCUUCAACACGGUGGCCAUAGAGAAAGAGAAGAUCAAACAGGUUCUGUCCGAGCAGGAGCAGUUAAGCCAGGCGGCUCAGAUCAACACCCUCAGGAAGUCUCUAUCACAGGCCCUGUCCCAAAAUGUUGAGCUUCGGACCCGACUCAACCGCAUCCACUCCGAGUCCGUCCUGAACGAGCAGGUGGUCAGUGUGAACAUCAUCUCCACGCCUGACGAGGCAGGCGAACAGAUGGGAAUCCCUCUAACUCAACAGGCCUCCAAUGAGAGCCGGCUCUCCAUGUCGGAGUCCGUCUCCGAGUUCUUUGAUGCCCAGGAGGUGCUUCUGUCUGCCAGCUCGUCAGAGAACGAGGCCUCAGACGAUGAGUCAUACGUCAGUGAUGUGAGCGAUAACAUUUCAGAGGACAACGCCAGUGUGACUGAUAACGUCUCCAGACAAAUGGCCAACGGAGACUUUGCCGGCAGUGCUUUCCGUAACGGGCGGCGCACCUGCCUGCCGGCGCCCGCUCCAGACACCAGCAACAUCAACUUGUGGAACAUCCUGAGGAACAACAUCGGGAAGGACCUGUCCAAGGUGUCCAUGCCCGUGGAGCUCAACGAACCCCUCAACACCCUGCAGCACAUGUGUGAGGAGCUGGAAUACAGCGAGCUGCUAGACAAGGCCGCCGAGACUGAGGACCCCUACGAACGCAUGGUCAUCGUCGCUGCUUUUGCAGUCUCAGGCUACUCAUCUACCUACUACAGAGCAGGAAGCAAGCCAUUCAACCCAUUACUCGGAGAGACCUAUGAAUGUAUCCGGGAAGACAAGGGCCUUUGUUUUUUUGCUGAGCAGGUGAGCCACCACCCACCCAUCUCAGCUUGCCACUGUGAGUCCAAGAACUUCACCUUCUGGCAAGAUGUGAGGUGGAAAAACAAAUUCUGGGGGAAAUCAAUGGAGAUUCUACCAAUUGGCACAGUCAAUGUUAUGCUCCCAAGGUAUGGCGAUCACUACGAGUGGAACAAAGUCACCACCUGCGUGCACAACAUCCUGAGCGGGAGGCGUUGGAUUGAACACUACGGGGAGAUCACCAUACGGAACAUCAAGGGCAGCGCAUGCCUCUGCAAACUCACCUUCGUCAAGGGAAACUACUGGAGCUCUAAUGUGAACGAGGUUCAAGGGUUUGUGAUGGAUCAGGAGGGGAAGGUGGUCCACAGGCUUUUCGGGAAAUGGCAUGAGGGCGUUUACUGCGGUGUCCCGCCAUCUGCCAAAUGCAUCUGGAGGCCAGGCUCCAUGCCCACAGACUAUGAGCUGUACUAUGGCUUCACCAGGUUUGCCGUUGAGCUGAAUGAGCUUUGCCCUGAGUUGAAAGAUGCACUGCCGCCUACAGAUGCCCGAUUCAGACCAGAUCAAAGGUAUCUAGAAGAGGGAAACUUAGAGAUGGCAGCCUCAGAGAAGCAACGCAUUGAGGACCUGCAGAGGGCCAGAAGGAAAUGCAACGAUGAGAACAACAUCAAACACCAGCCCCGCUUCUUCAAGAAAGUGGUCGAUGCCAAUCAGAGGGAGAGGUGGGUCUCUAACAACACUUACUGGGAACUUCGCAAGAACCCAGGCUUCAUCAACAUGGAAUCCACUAUAAUGCUGUGGUAGCACAAGGUUUGCUACCGACACCAUAUCAUCAUCGCAGCUAUGAUACCUGUGCACAACAAGGUGUUGAGAGAAACAUGUUAAUGACAACACUUUGUGUGCACGGAUACAAGUGACUGCAGAACGGAGAGGUGACCAAUUGCCAAGCGACCCGUUGCGGUUCUGUGGUGGUGCAGUCAUCCUUCCUCCAGGAUCACCUUCAUUGUGCUUGCAGAAAGCUGGGUUGUCAGUGCAACAAGCUUACCAAUCUAACGUAGACCUGUCCUAAGACGUUUUGACUCCUGAGUAUGUCCUUGCCUUAAAAAAAGUCACCUAUUCACAUCACUCACUUUAGCGCUUUUUAGUAAAAAAAAGCCAUUUGAUUUCUGGGAGCGGUUUGGUUUAGAUUAGUCUCUGAAUUAGACCAUUUGGGUACCUAUUGUACUGUAUGUAUUGUGCAUGUUUAGAGUGCAGCUUUUAUUGGCAUACGCCAUAUUUACUAUAUCAACUUCAUUUGUUGUAGAAAAAAAAAGGUAUUUUUGUAAAAUAUCUGGGACUUGUAGAAUUUACUAAAAUAGUGAAGUGUGAAUUGGCGGUUUCUGUUUAUUUUUGCCUUCUGCUGUUGUUGAAUCUAUAUCAUAGCAGUACUGUCUCUUGGGGAGCAUAUCUUUUAAAAAGAAUUUUUAUCGGCAGUUAUGAUAAAUGGAAAUAUUUUCCCAAGACUAGCUUCCAAAGCCUAACAUAAACUCAUAACUGUAGCUGGGAGGAGAAUAACUUUUAAGAUGCUGUCGUUAUGUAUAAAAUACCAUUAUCUCUCAGCUCUGGAAACACUUAAAAAGACUUUAAAAAGAUUUAAUUUUUUCUUUUUUUUUUUUUAACUUAAAGCUCUUAUUUUUGUGGAGAUGAAAUCUCUUUAAUUCUCUGUUUGGAGUCCGGUAUCUCCCUCAUGCCGUGUUGGGAUUCCACGCCUGAGUGUGAACACAAGAGAUGUGCUGGGGUCACUUGGCCCGUUGCCCGAGACCCACAGUCUAAUUUCAGAACUCGGUCAUACAGAACUUGGUCACACCAGGUAAAGACCGCCUGUCUGCACGACGUUAAUUCACGCCACACCUAGCGGGCCUGAGCGUAGAACACGCCACGGUGCAAAAAGUCUUCUUCUCGGUGCCACUUCCUGGAAACCGGUGAAGUGACACUAAAAACUAUGAGACAUAAUGAAGCAGCGGGCGUCCGGGUAGCGUGGCGGUCUAUUCCGUUACCUACCAACACGGGGAUCGCCGGUUCGAAUCCCCCUGUUGUCUCCGGCUUGGUCGGGUGUCCCUACAGACACAAUUGGCGGUGCCUGCGGGUGGGAAGCUAGAUGUGGGUAUGUGUCCUGGUCGCUGCACUAGCGCCUCCUCUGGUAGGUUCGGGGGCGUGGGGAGGGGGAACUGGGGGGAAUAGCGUGAUCCUCCCACGCGCUACGUCCCCCUGGCGAAACUCCUCACUGUCAGGUGAAAAGAAGCGGCUGGUGACUCCACAUGUAUCGGAGGAGACAUGUGGUAGUCUGGCCCUAUGACGGCCUGGCGGCCUGUCCGGGGUGUCUCCCCGCCUGCCGCCCGGUGACUGCUGGGAUAGGCUCCAGCAUCCCGUGACCCUGAGAGCAGGAUAAGCGGUUUGGAUAAUGAAUGGAUGGAUGGAUGGAUGGAUGGAUGUGGUAGUCUGCAGCCCUCCCCGGAUCGGCAGAGGGGGUGGAGCAGCGACCGGGAUGGCUCGGGUGAUUGGCCAAGUACAAUUGGGGAGAAAAGGGGAGAACCCCCCCCCCCCAAAAAAAAAAACAUAAUAAAGCAGCCUGAGUGUUUCCCAUAAAGUUUUUUUUUUUAAUAUAAUUGUAGAAGUUGAGCCAAAGACAUUUUGGGCUUUCUAAUCUCUGUACAGACGUGGUUGCUGAUGUGAAAGGGUUCAAUUCCCCAGAGUAUUUACUGCUAUGACAUGGGCCUCUGCAAAGCACCGACUACUUCUCACGCAUUAUAUCGUCAUAGAGAGAAAAAAACAAAAGUAGGCUGGCUUUAAUGUUCCAAACAGUGUCCCAUUUUUUGUGUCCCAGUGUAAGAAAGCCACACAGCUGGGGGUCCGGCAGUGGAAAACAGACCCCACAGGAGUCAGCAAGAGAUCCAUGUAGAGUGUACGGUACGUCCGGAUGAGGCGACGGAGGUCAUAACUCCCUUUGUGCAGAGGCGCGUGGAGAAGGGAGAGGGGAACUGUGAGUCAGCGGCGAUGUAUGUCCAAAACAAUGUGGAGCAAACUUCAUCCUGUGCGCACCGUUGUCGUAGUACUGUAGAGCACCACCCGAAAAAAAAGGUAGCUACGCUUUCGCACCCAUAUACUUCAGUUGUACUUACUUUUGCAGACAGCGUGUACUUUUUCUGUUCACGUACUCAGAGCUACGACUUGUCAGCAUCGGUCCCACUUGCUGUGCCUUAACGCAUUUUACUAAUGCCUCACACCCACACAUAUACACACAUACAGACACACACACACACACACACACACACACACACACACCACUGACGAGAAACCCCACGCCAAGAAGGUAUGCCAUUUACGUUCCAACCCAGAACAUUAUAUGUAGAAUCCGCCCGCAUCAGAGGUCCAUAUUUAUAGACAGGAAAUGAGGGACUGGCCGAGGACAGAAUGUAUUACCAUUUGCGAUCAUUAAGGGAGUUGUGUUGACACGGGACAUUGUGCGAAGACAUGGGAAAUGAUUGUUCAUCUGACUGUAACAUGCUCUGAAUAUUAAAGAGGUUCCUCAUGGUUCUGUUACCCCGUCCU